UUUCUUCAUCAUUCAUUGAGUCGUGACGCGUGUCGCGUGGGAGUUUCUAAAACAUGUGGAUCGAUCUGGUCUAGUGGCCAAAAUCGUUACGUGUGUGUGUGUGUAUACUCGCACAAGUCGUGAUCUUUGGCACUUCCCCAUUUUCUAGACAAACAGGCACGCUUUCACUCACGUCACGAUGACUAUCCAAAAAAGGAAACAAAACCGUGACGCUUAUCUUAUUGUUAUGAAUAGUAAUGUAUAAGAGAGCCAGACACCUGUAGGCAAUUCAACUUAUUUCAAUCGUUUUGUUUUUCCCUUUCCAUUCCACACCAAAGCCUGGCUGCUAUUUAUUCUUAUUACCGUGCCACCCAUUAAGACGUAAACUAAUAGCAGCCAAUUGGUUCGUGUUUUAUUGUCUCCUUCCUCACACAUGAUUGAUUACCAGCGUAAAGCAAAGACCAUCAGCACCUUGUUUGGACAGCAUCUACGUCCAUCGCGCAGGCGAAGUGAACGGGGCUUUUUUCUUUGCAGGAGGGGCGCGGCGAAAAACAGACAGACACGCACGCACGGUGGCUCGAUAUCAACAAAAAACAGCACGCAUUGUAGUCUCAUUUCGUAUACGGCCUUCCGAACGACCAGAGUUGUUGAAUAACGAUUGCUGAGCACAUACAAACCGACUAUACACACAAGCGGUGCAGUGAGUGUGUGUGUGUAGCGACGCAUUAAAAAGGGGCCGGCUCGAGAGAUAGUUGUCUCAAUCGUUGGCAAGACGGGGUCCUUAGCUAGUUGCUGUGAUAACUCGGUAGUUGUGCUUCAUCCAACGACUCUUCAACACCGUCACAACAAUCAACCAACAGACGACGACAUGGGAACUAAAGUUGGAACAGAUUCUUCGUCGUCAGAGGACACGCUCGCUCUCAUCCGCAAGUCGCUCCGCUCCGUGCACAUGUCUCAAGCGGAGGUUUUCGAGGAGACCCUACCUCAUAGUUUCGUCAUCUUUGGUGCUUCGGGUGAUUUGGCGAGAAAGAAAAUCUACCCGACCAUCUGGUGGCUGUACCGCGAUAAUUUAUUGCCCAAGAACACAAUCUUCUAUGGCUACGCCCGUUCUCACAUGAAGGUGGAGGAGGUGAGGGCCAAGAGCCACCAGUACAUGAAAGUCAAGGAGGAGGAACAGGAGCGCUACGAGGCCUUUUGGGAGGCCAAUCGCUACUUUGCGGGUGGCUAUGACUCCCGAAGAGAUUUCGAAAUGCUCGAUCAGGAGAUGAUUCAGCACGAACGCGGUCCAGCCGCCAAUCGACUCUUUUAUUUGGCCGUCCCGCCGUUCGUUUUCGAAUCCGUCACUGCCAACAUCCGCAGUUCCUGCAUGGCAUCCAAGGGCUGGACUCGAGUGAUUGUAGAAAAGCCGUUCGGUCGUGAUUUGGAAUCGUCGGCUCAUUUAUCGGCUCAUUUGGCGGCUUUGUUCCGUGAAGAUCAAAUCUAUCGAAUCGAUCAUUACCUCGGCAAGGAGAUGGUCCAAAAUUUGAUGAUUCUCCGGUUCGGCAAUCGACUGUUCGGUCCGACGUGGAAUCGUGAGAGCAUCGCCAGCGUUCUCAUCACUUUCAAGGAACCUUUCGGCACUGAAGGCCGUGGCGGCUACUUUGACGAGUUUGGCAUCAUUCGUGAUGUCAUGCAGAACCAUCUGUUGCAAAUGCUGUGCCUGACGGCCAUGGAGAAACCGGCCUCGACUCAUCCCAACGACAUUCGCGACGAGAAAGUCAAAGUGCUCAAAUGCAUUCCGGCCCUGACGAUGGACGAUGUCGUUCUCGGCCAAUACAUUGGCGAUCCCGAAGGCCAGGGAGAAGCCAAAGAAAGUUAUCUGGACGAUCCGACUGUUCCGAAAGACUCCACCACUCCGACUUACGCCUCGGCCGCUUUGCGAAUUAAUAACGAGCGAUGGGACGGUGUCCCGUUUAUUCUUCGCUGCGGAAAGGCGCUGAACGAACGGAAGGCAGAGGUUCGGAUCCAGUACCGUGACGUACCCGGUGACAUCUUUCAAGGGCAGGCCAAGCGCAACGAAUUGGUCAUUCGCGUUCAGCCGGGAGAGGCCAUUUACGUCAAAAUGGUUACCAAAACACCUGGCAUGAGUUUCGACAUGGAAGAAACCGAGCUGGAUUUGACAUACGGCGCUCGUUACAAGCACGUCAAAAUGCCGGACGCUUACGAACGGUUGAUUCUCGACGUCUUUUGUGGAUCUCAAAUGCAUUUCGUUCGAUCGGACGAGUUGGCCGAAGCCUGGCGCAUCUUCACGCCCCUCUUGCACCAAAUUGAAGGGGAGAAAGUCAAACCACUACCUUACAAGUAUGGAUCGAGAGGCCCGAGAGAGGCUGACGACUUGCUGGCACGCAGCAAUUUCAAAUACUCUGGCUCGUACAAGUGGGUGAAACCUUCGUCCAUCUAAAACGACGACAUUCCGAACAACGAACAUUCCUGGAUCUUUUUUUUUUACACUUCAUCAAAAUUAAUUGAAAUUAAGCAGACAGCCUUAAAUGAUUUAAUUAUAUACAGGUCUAUCUUGGUUGUCCUUUUUUUAAACAAAAGAUGGUAAAUUUUAUGUUUUCUUUCUUGUUUCUUGUUUGAGAGGUGGAAGCGAAUGUUCGGUCUCUGUAUCUGGCAGAUUCGUUGAGCUCAAAAAUAAAGAAAAAUUCUAUUCCUUAA